GUCCUGACGCUCGUUUUCGAGGGCAUCUCGUGCCAGGGAGUGUAUGCGCCCCCUUCUGUGCGUAUUGUGCACUCAGGUCACGCCUGUAACGUGGAAGAAGAACGCUUCUCAGAGAGAGUCUACACCAUCCGUGAGGGCGAGACCCUUGAACUCACCUGCCUGGUAACCGGACAUCCACGGCCACAGAUCCGAUGGACCAAGACAGCAGGCAGCGUUUCUGAUCGCUUCCAGGACUCCAGCGUAUUCAACGAAACUCUUCACAUUGCUAAAAUCCAGAGACAUCAGGGUGGACGAUAUUACUGCAAGGCAGAGAACGGACUGGGUUCACCGGCCAUUAAGUCCAUUAGAGUGGAUGUCUACUAUCUGGACGAUCCGAUCGUGACGGUUCAUCAGAGCAUCGGCGAAGCUAAAGAACAGUUCUACUACGAGAGAACAGUAUUCCUGCGCUGCGUGGCCAACUCCAACCCACCCGUCCGCUACAGCUGGCACAGAGGACGAGAUGUUCUCUCUCAAGGCUCCGAUAAGGGUGUGGAGAUCUAUGAACCCUUUUUCACCCAGCAGGGGGAAACGAAAAUCCUGAAGUUGAAGAACCUGAGACCCAAGGACUACGCCAACUACAGCUGUAUCGCCUCCGUCAGGAACGUGUGCGGCAUCGCUGACCGCCGAGUCGUCUUCAAACUGACCAAUAAAACAGCGUCUCCUUCCAUCAAGCUGCUGGUGGAGGAUCCUAUCGUGGUGAACCCUGGACAGACGGUAUCUCUGGUGUGUAUCACCACGGGAGGAGAACCCACACCAGUCCUGAUGUGGACCAGCAGCUCGGGUGCUCUACCUGAGAGUCUGGUGAAGGACGGCACUCUCACCCUGCCGGCCAUCUCCUCAGAGGACGCUGGAAUCUAUAGCUGUUUGGCCACCAAUAAUGUGGGCAACCCGGCCAAAAAAUCCACAACCAUCAUCGUGCGAGCGUUGAAGAAGGGCCGUUUCUGGAUCACUCCGGACCCCUAUCACAACGACGACAACAUCCAGAUCGGCCGCGAGGUGAAGAUCUCCUGCCAGGUGGAGGCCACGCCCCCUGAGGAGCUGGUGUUCAGCUGGUUGAAGAAUGGUCGGGCCCUGCGAAGUUCAGAACGCAUGGUCAUCACCCAGACCGACCCCGACAUCUCCCCCGGAACCACCAACCUGGACAUCAUCGACCUCAAGUUCACCGACUUUGGCACCUACACCUGUGUCGCGUCGCUGAGGGGCGGCGGGAUUCCCGAGAUCAGCAUAGACGUCAACAUCUCGUCCACUACUGUUCCUCCGAACCUGAGCGUGCCACAGGGGAAGUCCCCGCUGGUGGCGCGGGAGAGCACCACUGUGGAAUUGGAGUGCCUUGUUUCAGGGAAACCCAAACCCAUCAUCCUGUGGUCCCGGGCCGAUAAGGAUGCGCCCAUGCCGGACGGCAGUAUGCAGAUGGAGAGCUACGACGGGGUGCUACGGAUCGUGAACGUGUCGCGGGAGAUGACCGGAUCGUACCGCUGUCAGACCAGCCAAUACAACGGCUUCAAUGUGAAGCCGCGGGAGGCCGUCGUUGAGCUGACAGUGCAGUAUUCGCCCGCUGUGGAGCCGGUUUGGCAGGAGGUCCGGCAGGGUUUGGGACGUCCGGUAGCAAUGACCUGUCGCGUGUUGCGGGCGCAUCCGUCACGCGUGUUGCGUUACGAGUGGAGGCUGAGCUCUCGACUGCUGCACGCCGGACAUUUUGACUCGCGAGACGAGACCGAAUACACCAUACACAGCCUCGCUCGAGAUGGCUACGGCGAGUACACCUGUGAUGUUUUCAACGAGGCGGGGCCAGGUCGCUGUACCUUCCUGGUAACUGGAAAAGCAUACGCUCCUGAGUUUUACUAUGACACGUACAGUCCGCUGUGGCAGAACAGACCGCGCGUUUACGGCUUCAAGCUGCAGUGGACACAGAUGAAUCCUAACGCUGUGGACCGGAUCAUGGCAUAUCGCCUGGGAAUACGACAGACAGGACAGCAGAGGUGGUGGGAACAGGAGAUUCCUGUGGAUGGAAACAUGCAGAAGGGAGAACUGAUCACUCACAAUCUGACCGAGCUCAUCAGACCUGAGACGUACUUGGUUCGACUGACGCCCAUCACACGGUUCGGAGAGGGAGACUCUGCCAUCAGGGUUGUUACCUAUAGUGCUCCUAUCAACCCACAUCUGAGGGAGUUUCUUUGUAGUUUUGAAGAGGAUCCCAUCUGCAUGUUCACCCAGGACAAGAACGACGACUUUGAUUGGAUGAGACACAGCGCAGCCACCCGUGACACUAAAUACACUCCGAACACGGGGCCCAGCGGAGACCGCAGCGGAUCUAAGCAGGGUUUCUACAUGUACAUCGAGACAUCCAGACCCCGUAAAGAGGGCGACACGGCACGUCUCUUGAGCCCAACGUUCAAUGUCGCCCCCAAAAACCCCCACGGCAUCACCAACCCGCCGGUGUACUGCUUCACAUUCUACUAUCACAUGUAUGGCAAACACAUCGGUACACUGAAUGCUUUUGUGAAGCAGAAAGGUCAGUCGACCUCAGACGCGGGGCCAGUGUGGUCCCUCAGCGGGAAUCAGGGAGAGCGCUGGAGACAAGCCAAAAUUACUAUACAUCCAGUUUCCACUUUCCAGAUCAUUUUCGAGGGGAUUCGUGGUCCAGGAAUCGAGGGUGACAUUGCCAUGGACGACGUCUCUCUCGUGGAGGGGGAGUGUCCCGACCCUCCGUCCAAUCCUAUCAGAGGAAGAGCUCCGCACAGAGUCUUUGCUAUAUGGCCAUUGUGCGUCACGCUAUUUUUUACCCUGUUCUUUCGUCAAAGGUGACGUUCCACAUGGGAAAGACUGGAGACACGUCCCUUAAAUAUUUGAUCACCAAAGAUUCAUGCAUUCAGACUGCUGAGAGCUGCAGCGCCGGAUCGACGUGGAAUAAAUUCACGACACGAGAACAAGCCAACACGGAAAAGAUUUGCCAACGUCUCUCUAAUGAAACGACGCCGCUCUAACGUGUCUAGUGUUUCGGCACGGACCGAGGACAGUCUGAAAAGCACAAUGACCACUUCAACAUGCGACUGUAAAGAUUUCCUGAGUUUCGCUGUUGUCGGAUCUUUUGUUUGGAUUCAGUUUUCUUUUUCGGGCGACAAAAGGAUUUCACACCCUUCUCCUUCUCUUAUACUUUUACACCGACGUCUGCUUUCGUUUAUUCUUGUUAUUUGGCUGGGUGAUUCAAAUCGCAAAUAAAACGCUGGUGAAACUUUGCUUUUUACCCCGAUCGAGUAGCAGCCUGUAUUCACCACACUGUGCGCACGUUCCCCAGCAGCAGACCGCGACUGCAUCAAUGUUCACCUUCCGUCCCAGAGUUUCUGCCAUUAUAAAAAGUGCCUUCAGGUUAUAAACCCAUCUGUGAACCUGACCAUCGAACAUCCAUGUUUCUAACAUCAUCUAUGGGCUAUUUUAUAUGCGUUUGUAUUGCCCCUCAAGUGCUGGGACACAUAAGACGCAACCGUGAUGGUCGCGUGCGAACCAGUGGCUCGUAACGACGAUGUUGGGACCUGCGUGAUGCCGGCUGGUUUCUGCCGUAGGAGUCAAUGGCUGCCGAGCGUCACCGAGCCUGCAAUCCAUCUCGGCGCUUCUGUAAAGAAAAUCAAGUGAUAAUCCAUAAGGGAAAGCAAAUAGGCUUUGAAAGUAAGAGAUGAGAUCGACCCGGAACUGCAGUUCAUAAAGUCACCUGUCAUUUAUAUACGAUACUGAACAAUGCAGAGAGAGAGAAGAAAACAAAUAUUCAUAAUUAUGAGACUAUUUUAUUACUCUAUCCAGAAUGUGUUUCAGCUUUUACACACAAACUGUGGUGUCGUCUACCGGAGCGCUCGACCAGACGGUUUUUAUUAGCGGUGUUGUGAAAAAACAAACGGAAAGGAAAGAUUUACGUACGUUGUGUUCUGAAAAUGUUUUGACAAGCUGUGUCGCGUUAUUUCUUAUUUACGUUGAAAUGUUCGACCGAUCUCUCGUCGUGUUCCUUGCAUUGCUGAAAUAUCAAAAACAGGCAGAAAUACGGUUUGUAAUUGUACAACUUGUGUAUGUGAAGCGGCUCUGUUCAUUGACAUUUAUAUGACAUGUUUUCCGGAUGAUUUAAGGAAGCACAACAAGGAUUCAAGCGUUUCAAAUGCAGAUUUUCUUUUACAAAUCAUGUAUGUGACCGUUCCUCUGUGAAGCCGGGUAAAUGAAAUUCAUGACAUCAUCAUGAGGUUGUGCACGCUGGAGUUAUAACGGGUGUGUAGCAUCUCAGCAUCCGCUAACGUGAACCAAUCAGCUGAGGUCACACUUAAA